ACAUGCUCCAUGUUGCUUCUGGAAAGCCACAGACCUCAUUGGCAUAUUAAACGCUCUGAGAAAGUCCUGCAGUAAAGAGCUUUAUUUCCUUUUGAUAACUGUUGCCUCAAAUUGAUUUUUCAGACUGCCUGCUAGCAUUUCAUUAACACUCUUGUAGGGAAAUGUGACCUAAACCAAUCCUCAUUUUGCACACAGAUAAACUGCAUCCUAGAGGUAUGGGUCACAGAGGAGGUUAACCCACACACAGAGUUGGAAAAGACUGUAGCAAUAUGACUCAUUCCAAAAGAGGUUCUGUGGGCUCCACACCACCCUGCACCCUCUUACCUGCCAUCCCAGCUGUGUGUUUCUCCAGAGCCCUGCAGUAUGGAGCCAGUUAACAGGACAGAGGUCUCUGAGUUCUUUCUGAAAGGGUUUUCUGGCUACCCAGCCCUGGAGCACCUGCUCUUCCCUCUGUGUUCAGUCAUGUACCUGGUAACCCUGCUGGGAAACACAGCCAUUGUGGCAGUGAGUGUGCUGGAUGCCCGCCUGCACACGCCCAUGUACUUCUUCCUGGGCAACCUCUCUGUCCUGGACAUCUGCUACACGUCCACCUUUGUACCCCUGAUGCUGGUCCACCUCCUAUCGGUCCGGAAGACCAUCUCCUUCAUUGGCUGUGCAAUUCAGAUGUGCCUGAGCCUGUCCACAGGCUCUACAGAGUGCGUGCUGCUUGCCAUCAUGGCCUACGAUCGCUACCUGGCCAUUUGCCGGCCACUCAGGUACUCUGUGCUCAUGAGCCACCAGCUCUGCUUGCUGCUGGCAGGAGCCGCGUGGGUCCUCUGUCUCCUCAAGUCAGUGACGGAGACAGUCAUCACCAUGAGGCUGCCCUUCUGUGGCCACCAUGUGGUCAGUCACUUCACCUGUGAGAUCCUGGCCGUGCUGAAGCUGGCGUGUGGAGACACAUCAGUCAGUGAGGUCCUCCUGCUGGCGUGGGCCAUUCUGCUGCUGCCCGUGCCCCUGGCUUUCAUCUGCCUGUCCUAUACACUUAUCCUGGCCACCAUCCUGAGGGUGCCCUCAGCUGCUGGGCACCACAAAGCCUUCUCCACCUGCUCGGCGCACCUGGCUGUGGUGCUGCUUUUCUACGGCACCAUUAUCUUCAUGUACAUGAAGCCCAAGAGCAAAGAGGCCCACAUCUCUGAUGAGGUCUUCACAGUCCUCUACGCCGUGGUCACGCCCAUGCUGAACCCUCUCAUCUACAGCCUGAGGAACAAGGAGGUGAAGGAGGCUGCCAGGAAGGUGUGGGGCAGGAGACAGACCUCCAAGCAGGGGAGGCAGGGGCUCUGCAGGUCAGAAGCCUCCCCAUGCCUACAGUGA